AUGGUUAAAGCUAUCUGUUCAUUUGAAGAUUGUAGAGGUACUAUUGCUACAGCUUCUAAAACUAGAACCAUUUCCUUACCUAAUACUGUUUUCGAAAAAUUCCAAUUAUUAGAACGUAGAGAGAAAAGUGCUCAAUCACAAGAAAAGCAUGAUUUUUUAAUUGUAGAAGAUGUUUGGGACUUCGAUAAUAUUGGUGUCUCAAGAAACAUCAGACCUGAAAAUGAUGAUGAUCCUAGAAUCGAAAUUACUGAUGAAAAUUUAGAUGAAGUUGUCACUUUCGAACAUAAUGGAAACACAUGGACCAUUGAAAAAUGUACUAGAUACUUGAUUUGUGCUGAAUGUGAUAAGGGUCCAAUUGGUAUCGUUUGUCAAGUUAAGAAUGAUAAAGGUGAAGAAAAAGUUGUGUACCUUUUAAGUUUAAGUAGUCUACAAUUAGUGUAA